AUGAAUAUCAGUCCUCAGGUGGAGGCUUGGUGGGUUGACAAAGGGUUCUUGGCGUCGAAUAUCGCGGUGUUCAUGUUCCUGGCGGCAGGCUUGCUUCCAGAUCCUGAUGUGCCAUUUUGUCCAUCUCUGUCGCAUUCCCAUGCAUGGAUUGCAGGCAGUAUUAUGGAGGGACUUCAAUUGGCGAUGUUCUGGUACCAAGAGAGUCCAGCCUCUGUCAUCUCGAGAGUUGAGUACCUUCAACUGGGACUGGUCAUGGUGCGAUUAGUCCUGUUCGUCGCCAUGGUUGCAUUCUAUCUCCAGCCCAUGUACGCAUGGUCGCGGAUCCAACUGGAUGAAACCGAGCCGUUACUAGGGGAAGUGGAUUCUAAACCGGUCCGAGAUGCACAGCAUGGUGGAUGGCUGGACUAUGUCGUUGGGUUCAGCACAUUGUUCCCAUUCUUAUGGCCAUCUGAUUCUCGUCGCUUGCAACUCAGAGCCAUAUUCUGCUUCAUUCUGCUCGUCAUUCAACGUGUGGUAAAUAUCCUGGUGCCCCAUCAACUCGGAAUUGUCGUGGCCCACCUGGGCUCCGGCACAAUCCCUUACCAGAGGAUUGCCAUUUACAUUGCCUUGCGCGCACUUCAAGGACAGCAAGGCGUAAUUGGAUCCAUCCGUGCCCUUCUGUGGAUCCCCGUGAGCCAGUCGACGUACCGCCGACUCACGUCCUCCGCGUUUGAGCAUGUGCUUUCUUUAUCCCUUGAAUUUCACCUGGGCAAGCGCAUUGGAGAGGUCAUGAGCGCACUCAGCAAAGGGAGUGCACUCAAUACCUUCCUUGAUGGAUUGGUAUUCCAGCUUUUUCCUAUGGUCGCCGAUCUGUGGAUUGCUGCGCUGUACUUCUUGAUCCAGUUUGAUGCCUUCUACUCUCUCAUUGUAAUCACCGUGACUUGGCUCUACCUCUUUGUAACGAUCUACAUGGCCAAGUAUCGUGGCCGCGCGCGCCGCGAGAUGGUGAACCGGGAGCGGGAGAUGGAGGCCGCGAAGACGGAUGCCCUGAUGUCCUAUGAGACAGUUCAUCACAACUCGGCUGUUCCUCAUGAGAUCAGCCGCUUUAACCGCCUGGUGCAAGCUUUCCAAAAAGCCGAGUACUUUGUCUUCUUCUCGCUCAACCUGCUCAACGCCACCCAGAAUUUGCUCUUCACGGCAGGAGUGGCGAUUGUCUGCUUGCUUUGUGCGUAUCAAAUUUCCGCAGACAUGCAGCAAGUCGCCAUGUUCGUCACACUACUCACCUACCUGGCCCAACUUCAAGCCCCCUUGAACUUCUUCGGAAGCUUCUACACCCAGGUCCAGAAUAACCUUGUCGACGCUGAGCGGAUGCUCGCCUUGUUCAAAGAAAAGCCGCUGGUCCAGGAUCGAGAUGGCGCGAUCGACCUCACCAGGUGCGCUGGUCGCGUGGAGUUCACCAAUGUGAACUUUGCCUACGACGAGCGCCGUCCGGCAUUGCAGGAUGUGAGUUUCACUGUCGAACCCGGGACAUCAACCGCUAUCGUGGGAGAGAGUGGGAGCGGCAAGUCCACCAUCCUGAAGCUCUUGUUCCGGUUUUACGAUGUCGCUGCAGGCUCCGUUCGAUUCGACGGCGUCGAUGCCCGGGAUAUGACCAUCGCCAGCUUGAGAAGCCACCUUGGCGUUGUCCCACAGGAUACAAUCCUCUUCAAUGAUACGUUAUUAUACAACCUGCUGUACGCCCGACCUCAUGCCACGAUGGAAGAGGUGUAUGCGGCAUGUCGUGCAGCCAGUAUCCACGAUCGGAUCUUGAGCUUCCCCGACGGUUAUGAGACCAAAGUUGGCGAACGAGGACUACGGUUGUCUGGUGGAGAGAAGCAAAGGAUCGCGAUUGCCCGGACAUUCCUCCGAUCGCCGCAGAUUCUGCUUCUCGAUGAAGCUACGGCCUCAUUGGACUCGCAAACCGAACGCCAGAUUCAGGGGGCGCUGGACAAUAUUGCGAAGGGUAGGACGACUAUUACAAUUGCUCACCGUCUCUCCACCAUCACCAAGGCCAACCAGAUUAUUGUCUUGCACCAGGGACGUAUUGUCGAGAAAGGAACGCAUGAAGAGUUAUUAGCAGCGAAUGGAAUGUACAGCCAAAUGUGGGCGAAGCAGACCAAAGCGAAGGAGAAAAAGGAUUGCAAUGCGACUCUGGUGGACAUCGCUUGA